CUCAAUCAAUUCCUUCACUCGCCUGUAAGCAGGCUGUGCAAUCGAGAACCGAUAGUCAUGGCGGACCCGAAUUCUAAACAAGCCAACCAGAAAAGUGUGAAAAUCGCUGCUGGUGGGGUGGUGUGUGUGGAGAGUGAAAUAAGAGGAGAUGUCACCAUUGGACCCAGGACGGUCAUCCAUCCCAAAGCUCGGAUUCUGGCAGACGCCGGCCCUAUCGUCAUCGGAGAGGGUAACCUGAUAGAAGAGCAGGCGCUCAUCCUCAACGGUUAUCCUGAAAACAUCCUGCCUGAUUCUGAAGGAUAUGAACCCAAGACCAUGACCAUAGGCACCAACAACGUUUUCGAAGUGGGCUGUGUGUCCCAGGCGAUGAAAAUUGGGGACAAUAACGUCAUAGAAUCAAAAGCCGAGGUGGGCCGGAACGUGAUCUUGACUAGCGGCUGCAUCGUCGGCGCCUGCUGUACGGUCGACACGUGUGAGGAGAUUCCUGAGAACACGGUCAUCUACAGCAGCAACUGUAUGAGGAGAGUACAGACGGAGAGACCGCAGCCUCAGACUCUGCAGCUGGACUUCCUGAUGAAGAUUCUACCCAACUACCACCAUCUGAAGAAAACGCAGAAGAUUAAUCCCACUCCAGCCAGGACCUAAACCAACACACGUCAUUCUCAUACUAGUAGCACUUUCAUUCAUCACCUAGUUAUGCUCAGUCCGAUUAUAUAGUCAUUAAUUAUCUGCUAUUUUUAUUUAUUGUUGCCUCAAAUUAAAGCUUUUCCAUUCCA